UCUAUCUUUAAAUCUUCAUUAGGUUUCCAGAAGUUUGCAUGAAAAUCUUCUUAAGAUUGCCUUAUGGUCUCGAUCAAACAGUACAAGUUCUUCUUUGGCAACAGACAACACCACUAAUGAUGCACGGUUCAAGGGCCAUGAUAUGCUUGCCCCUUUCACAGCUGGGUGGCAGACAACUGAUGUGAAUCCUUUGGUUAUAGACAAGUCAGAGGGAAGCUAUGUAUAUGACAUUAAUGGGAAGAAGUAUCUUGACUCACUUGCUGGUCUAUGGUGCACAGCUCUAGGGGGGAAUGAGCCACGUCUAGUUGAAGCUGCCACUGCACAACUGAACAAAUUGCCAUUUUACCAUUCCUUUUGGAAUCGGACUACAAAACCCUCUCUGGAUCUAGCCAAGGACCUCCUAGAAACGUUCACAGCCAGAAAGAUGGCGAAAGCUUUUUUUGUUAAUAGCGGAUCAGAAGCAAAUGACACUCAGGUGAAACUUGUAUGGUAUUAUAACAACGCACUUGGAAGACCAAAUAAAAAGAAAUUCAUAGCUCGUGCUAAAUCGUAUCAUGGUUCAACAUUGAUAGCAGCCAGUCUUUCUGGACUUCCAGCUCUGCAUCAAAAAUUUGAUCUGCCUGCUCCUUUUGUCUUACACACUGAUUGUCCACAUUACUGGCGGUUUCAUCUUCCAGGUGAGACAGAGGAAGAGUUUUCAACCAGAUUAGCCAAAAAUCUAGAGGAGCUAAUUCUGAAAGAGGGACCAGAUACAAUUGCUGCAUUUAUUGCUGAGCCAGUUAUGGGGGCAGGAGGUGUAAUACCUCCACCUGCAACUUAUUUCGAAAAGAUCCAAGCUGUUGUCAAGAAGUAUGACAUUCUUUUUAUUGCUGAUGAGGUGAUCUGUGCCUUUGGAAGACUUGGGACAAUGUAUGGAUGUGACAAGUAUGGCAUCAAGCCCGAUCUUGUCUCCUUAGCAAAGGCACUCUCGUCUGCAUAUUUGCCAAUUGGAGCAGUUCUUGUGAGUCCAGAAGUUUCAGAAGUUAUACACUCACAGAGCAACAAGCUUGGUUCAUUUUCCCAUGGGUUUACUUACUCUGGACACCCUGUAUCCUGUGCUGUUGCAAUUGAAGCACUGAAGAUCUACAAAGAAAGAAAUAUUGUCGAGAAGGUGGCAAAUAUCUCCCCAAGGUUCCAAGAUGGUGUAAAAGCUUUUGCUGACAGUCCUAUCAUUGGAGAGAUCCGAGGAACUGGCUUAAUUUUGGGUACCGAGUUCACAGACAAUAAGUCACCUAAUGAUCCAUUUCCUCCUGAAUGGGGGGUUGGUGCCUAUUUUGGAGCACAAUGUGAGAAGCAUGGUAUGUUAGUUCGUGUAGCUGGGGAUAACAUUAUGAUGUCUCCACCGUUCAUCAUUUCUCCUGAAGAAGUUGAUGAGUUAAUAAGCAUUUAUGGGAAAGCCCUAAAAGGUACGGAAGAGAGGGUAAAAGAGCUCAAGUCUCAGCGGAAGUAGCUCAAAGUUGCUCGGCAGGAGAUGCCAUAGUAAAUAAAUUAUGAUACCUUCAAACAAAAUAGAAAAAUAAUAGUUUGAAGAGGAAUUGUGUAUUAUGACACUUUGGGGACACAACACUCGAUAAAACUGCGUAAACCUUUUAGCUAUUGUAAAUGUCAGUAGAUUGCCGCAAAUUAAUUUUCAUAUGAUUCUAA